CGAAGCUAAACAAAAAGUCAACAUUAACUGAAAUAAGGAGAUUUUAGUAGAUUUGUGAACAAUUUCAAAUAAAAUUAAAAUAAAUAAUAUGCCAUCAACGCAACCGAGUAUGGCGAAUGCAUUACCAUUCAAUCGAGAAUGUAAUAAUCCGCGUUUGGAGGAGCACAUGCGUUUCAUUUGUCCUGAGUGCGGCAAGGAAAACAACACUCAACAGGAGUGGCGUAAACAUUUAAAUAUCCAGCAUAGUUAUGCUACCAAGACGGUGGAAGAUUUUGAUUUUAAGGAAAUUGAUGAUAAGUAUCAUGAAUGUCAAAUAUGCAUGAAAUGGGUGGCAAAUGCUCACCAGGCUAUAGCAUUGCUGCAGUAUCAUCGUUUUCUACAUCUGCCCUAUGCGCGGACUUAUCGCUGUAAACACUGCCCCGGUUCCUUUACGCGUAAGAAAGCAUUAUGUGAACAUUUAUUUAGGUUUCACAACGGUCUAAUAGCUAAAUUGGAUAAUGAACGUAAAUUGCAAGAACUAAAGAGAACUAACGAUGAGCUAAGUCCCCAGCAUAAUAGUGAAUUUUAUAUGAAGUUUGUGUGUCCUUUAUGUGGUAAAAUAUUCAAUCGUUUCAAUAUCUGGCAACAGCAUAUAGAUGCGGCCCACAGCAGCACCUCAGUGGAUUUACGUAUGUUUCGCAUACAAAGUACGAAAAACUAUUAUUGUGCCCAAUGUUGCCAAACACUCUACGAUGGUCCUUCUAAGGCUCAGUUGCAGCGACAUAGUUUUACUCAUUUAUCACAUCCCCUUUAUUUUCAAUGUGUCUAUUGCAAGAUUGGGAAAAGUUAUAAAUCGGAACUGCUAUUGCAUGUAAUCAAGUCGCAUGCAGAGGAAUAUGAAAAGUACAAGGAAUAUAUAAGAAAACCUAUAGAAUGGGGUGGUCAAGCUAGUAAGGAUGUUAUAAGAGAAUUAGAUUUAAUAUUGGGUACGCAACCAGCUAAACAAACGGAUAUUUUACAAAAGGCUAUACAGGAUAGUUUUAUAAAUCUAGAAGAGGAGAUAGAUAAAGAUUUAAAAUUCCAACAUGAAGUUGCUUUAGAUCAAAGUCUCAAAGAACUGGAUGAUAUUUUAAAUUCCGAAAUCGAUCCUAAUCUUCAAUUAAGAGCUAAAGCUAGCGUGACUGAAAAUGAAAUAGAUGAGGAGGAAUUGGAAGUAUUAUGCAAUGAAAUGUUUGAGGAAAUUACAGAACAGCAGCCUAUGAACCAUGUAACGGAAGCGUUAACAAAACCCAAUAGAAAACGUCUGAAAUUAGAUUUAUCUGCUCCGGAAAAUGGUCUCAAACUUAAUGAUUCUCUACAGAAAGAAAUGCAAAAGUAUAUCAAUUAUCUUUGUCCAGAAUGUGGCAAUGAAUUCGAAUCACAAUCUGUUUGGCGCUCUCAUGUAUUUGAGCAACACAAUUUGGCCAAUGCUGUGGAUACAAAAUUCCGCGCAUUUAAUGCCCAAAAAACAGCGUAUAUUUGUUUGGUCUGCUAUCAAAUACAGCGUACAGCAAAACAUUCCGAAUUAAGACGUCAUCAUUUUCAACAUAUGCCCUAUCAGGCCUAUUUGAAAUGUACCAUAUGCACUAAAACCAAAUCAAGUAAACCCAAAAUGUUGCAACAUUUACAAUUCUCACAUCUUAAAGAUAUACAGAAGACUACAAAUACUAUGGCGACGAGUACAAAAACGAUGGUGAAAAAUUUACGUUGUCUCGAUUGUGAUAAAUUAUAUGCUCAACAGACAAGAUUUGAGACACAUUGCCGUCAGUGUCCACAACGUUUACAACCGCUGGCAGUGGGUCAAUAUAAUAUAGAGAAAAAUAUGAAAUUAUUGGAACAUUUACAAAAUGCUAGCAGACGUAUCGGCAAGCUAUUGGAGGAGGAGGGUAUAGAUGUUGCCAGUAUGAAAUUACCUUACAAAUAGAUAGUAAGCUAUUUAAAAUAAAAUACUAAUUUCAAUUUAAGUGAAUAUUGUUUUGAUUAGUCUAUAAAAUUAGUUUUUAGUUUUAUUUAAUAAAAUUGAAAUCUGCGGAA